AUGUCUAAUGUGGAAUUCAGCUAUCAAGCACGACGAAAUGUCAGAAUUCUAAGAGGCCUUGACGCUGAAAUGUUCGCUGAAAAGAAUGUCGCAUUACGUACAAAUAUCAAGGAUUGGAAUCUCGAAUAUUUGAGAUCAAACAUGGCGUUAGUUGGUCAAGAGCCGGUCCUUUUUGAUGCAACUGUUGGCGAGAAUAUUGCGUAUGGAAAAGGGGAUGUUCACAAGAAGAGAUUAUUGAAUCGGCAAAACGAGUUAAUAUUCAUAAUUUCGUUAUGA